AUGUCAGAAGAAGAUUUGUUGAAAGUGAGAGGGUCUUCAACUCCAUCUUGCAAGAAAAGAGGAUACUCGUCAUCAAAGUCAAUUCCCAAUUUAGUGCAAAUACUAAGAUUCUCCGGAUUGAGGAAAGUGUAGUCGUCAAGAGCAAAAGGUAAAGCAGAUCCAGUCAUUUUAAAUAAAUAGAUUUAUAGGAUAGAUGAUAAAUUUUUUUUUUUUUUUUUUUUUUUUAUUUCUUCAACACCGGCCUCUGAAUGAAGUUGAUCAGUUGGAGAUGGAAUUCAUCCGCACUUUUCCCGUUUAUUUGGAACAAUAUCAAGAUAGUCAGAAUCACAAGCAAGGUUUGGAAAUGAUGAUGUAUCAACAACUAUUGCCAGUAACAAUUGAACUGAUUCAUGCCAAGUUCGAGAGACCAACCACCAAACAAAAGGCCCAAUCUUACAUUAAAUCAAGAAACCAGUAUAUCAAGGAUCUGAUGAAAAAGUUAGGUGGUACGAAGGAUACGAAUAAGGUUAUCAUAAGAAAAUUGAAGAAAAACGAUCCGUGGACACUUUAUAUAAAUUCGUUGACCGAUGAGGCAAGCUGUUGUUAAGUAUUUUUUCGUAAAUGGAUGGAUGAUUGAUUAACUUGAUAGAUGGAUAUUAUUAUUAAUAUAAUAAUAUUGUUGAUGAUUGUUAGUAGUGAGCACCAGUUCUUUUAUAUAAAAAGAACAAAAUAAAUAUAAAAUGAUUUGAUACUUGAUUCCAAAUAUAGAUGUCUUGAUGAUGAUCAAAUAAAAUAAUAAUAACU